CCAACUACCAUGAUAGUGCUUAAUGCUAAACUACAACAAAUUUUAAGCAGUACCUAGAUGUCUUUCGAUUAAAAUACUGUUUUAAAUUUAUACCUAGACCUAGGGCACUAGUAAGCGCCUUACCUUGAGUCUAUUGUCAUUUAUAUAAGCGUUGAGGAUUGUUCAUCCAUGAUCGAAUGCGCUCAAUAGUCACCGUCUCAGGUCAUUAUUACUCUAACCUCAAAAUUAAAUUUCUAAAAAUUUAAAGCACAAAAGUUUAAAUUUGUUACAUGGCCCUAAAUAAUAAUGGCGUUAAGUCGUAUUUCGAAAUUUAAACAAAUUUGCCGUGAGGAAAAGUUGUUUAAGUUCUACACCAAUGCGAGAACUUUUAGACGUCUUAAUAAGGAAGGUAAAAAAGAAAAGUUUGAAAGUUUCGCAUCGCCCUUUCAAAAUGUUAACGUCGAAACUUCCAACAUACAUGUACGAAAUCUGUGGAAACCGUUAGGAUUUACGUUUGCUUUCAGUACAGCAUGUUUUGGUGGGGCCGCAGUCUGGCAAUACGAGAACAUGCGUUCACAUGCUGUUACAAUGCUUAAACAACCAAUGGGUUAUCUUUAUCGGAAGAAGAGUGAAGCUCAAUUGAAAGCAGGUGACUGGCGACAUCAAUGUAAUCAAUGGUGGAACUCACUUACACCUGGAGAAAAGGUGUUUGUACCUAUUUGCUUUUUAAACGUAUUGGUUUUUGCGGCAUGGAGGGUGCCCAGACUGCAACCAACUAUGAUACAAUAUUUUUGUUCGAGUCCAGGAAGUAAAAUAGUCUGUUGGCCAAUGUUGUUGUCAACGUUCAGUCAUUAUUCCACAUUUCAUUUAUUCGCAAAUAUGUACGUGCUACACAGUUUUAGUACUGGAGCUGUUGCAAGUUUAGGAAAGGAACAAUUUUUAGGCCUUUAUUUAAGCGCUGGUGUUAUUUCAAGUUUUAGCAGUUACUUAUAUAAAACCUUGAUGAAACAACCUGGUUUAUCACUGGGAGCUUCUGGUGCUAUAAUGGCCAUCUUAGGAUAUGUCUGCACACAAUACCCUGACACAAAAUUAGGCGUAAUAUUCUUACCGUUUUUAACAUUUUCGGCUGGCUCCGCUAUUAAAGUCAUUGUGGGAUUGGAUUUGGCAGGUGUAUUGUUAGGUUGGCGAAUUUUUGACCAUGCUGCGCAUUUAGGAGGAGCUGCUUGCGGAAUUGCUUGGUCUUACUGGGGUAACCAUUAUUUAUGGCAUAAUCGAGAACCUCUCCUCCAAUACUGGCAUAAUUUACGAGGGGCAAUUAAAUAACAAUUGUUUUAUAUAGUAUUUUAUUCAUAUUACAAAAUCCGUUAUAGUUAUUUA